AUGAAUUUGGGAGCGAAAGAACUUGCCUUAUAUGGGCAGAGUGCACUUGUUCCCUUUCAGGGCUCAUUUGAUCCCAUCAAAAAACAACACCCACAACCUAAAGUUGACCUUGAUGAGGAGACUGAUAGAGUGUGGAAGCUUUUGCUGUUAGAUAUAAACCAUGAUGGGGUUGAUGGAACAGAUGAAGACAAGGCCAAAUGGUGGGAAGGAGAACGUAAUGUUUUUCGUGGACGAGCAGAAUUAUUUAUUGCAUGGAUGCAUCUUGUACAAGGAGACAGGCGAUUUUCUCGAUGGAAAGGAUCAGUUGUGGAUUCAGUGGUGGGAGUUUUCCUCACUCAAAAUGUCACAGACCAUCUUUCCAGUUCUGCAUUUAUGUCACUUGCUGCUCGAUUUCCCAAAAAAAUCAGGCAGCAUAUGCGGAGAAGGCACGAGCCUGACAGUCAACAAACAACAAGUGUGUAUGGUGGAACCAGAAGAGAACACCAAAUGUGA